AUGGACAAACCCAACGAUGAAUCUAUCAAGGUAGACAAAAGAGGAAAAGGCACUGCAGAUCAUUUCACAAAUGAACAUCAUCGUCUUGUGUUCCAUAAGGAUGGUAAAGUUGAUGAAACGAACACAAGAUAUGAUGCGUGCAAGUUCAAACAAAAUCUGCAAAAUUACAGCAAGCCAAUAGAACCUGAUUGUCUUUUCGAGUGCCUUCCAAGCAAUCUUCGACCAUUGGACAUUGAAAAUAUUGGCGAAAAGAGUCAUGAUUUACAUCAGAGCUUAGAAAACUCUAUUUUUACGAUUUCACCGAUCAUCAUAGCGAUGGUUGUGCCUCUGCUUCAUGAUUUAGCUCAACAAAUGAUUCAAGCUGGUCAUCAACAAGAGAUUUUUGAAACUUACAGGGAUACUCGUGGGGCAGUGUUGGAGCAGAGCCUCCAGAGAUUAGGUGUGGAGAGGCUUACUACGGAUGAUGUUAACAAAAUGAAUUGGGAGGUUUUACAAGCCAAGAUCGAGAAGUGGAUCCAUUACAUGCCAAUAUCUGUUAAACAGUUAUUUGCUACGGAAAAGAAAAUAUGCGACCAAAUACUCGAUGGUGUUGAGUCACUCAGAGAUCAAUCUUUUGCUGGACUCACUGCCAAUAGUUUUGGUGCGCUGAUUAGUUUCGGAGAGGCUAUUGCUAAAAGCAAGAGAUCGCCGGAAAAACUUUUUGCCUUGAUAGAUAUGUUUGAGACAAUGACAGAGCUUAUGCCCGAGUUUGAUUUGAUCUUUGGAAGCCAACCUUGUACCGAAAUGAAAGAAUCUACGCUGAAUCUUACAAAGCUAUUAGCUGAGACAGCGCAUGAAAUUUUCGCUGAUAUUUUCGAAGAAGCGGUCAAAAAGGACGAGACUAAACGCAUUGUUGUGGAUGGAUCCGUACAUCCACUUACUAGCUACGUAGUAAACUACGUCAAGUAUUUGUUCGUUGUUUCUAGACAUGGAAACACCUACCAAUCGACGUUGAGGUUAAUUUUUAAAGAGUUUGGCAAUGUGGAAGAUCUGAAAUCCGUGGUAGUGAGGAUCAUACAGGCUUUACUUAACAAUCUAGAUGGUAAAUCCAAACAGUACAAAGACGCAGCAUUAACUCAACUUUUCCUAAUGAACAAUGUUCACUAUAUUGUGAGAUCUAUCCGGAGGUCAGAAGCGAAAGAUUUGUUGGGUGAUGAUUGGGUUCAAAUUCAUCGAAAAAUCGUGCAACAAUACGCAAAGGAGUACAAGAGAGUUUCCUGGGAAAAGAUUUUGCAGUGUUUAACGGCUCAGCCGAGUGGGAGCGAUCCGAUAAAGAACUCGAACAUAUCAGUAGCAUCAGUGAAAGACAGAUUCAAGACUUUCAAUUCUCAGUUUGAAGAGCUUCACCAAAGACAAUGCCGAUGGACAGUUCCGGACAGCGAGUUGCGUAAAUCUCUCAGGCUUUCUGUUGCGGAGGUUCUUGUACCUGCCUUCAUAUCGUUUCUCAAACGUUUUGGGCCAAUGAUAGAGAGUGGUAAGAACCCACAGAAGUACAUAAGGUUUACUCCUGAAGAUUUUGAGCGGAUGCUUAACGAAUUCUUAGGGCAAGACUUGGAGUGA